AUGUCGGGAGCGCAAGGAGCAGAGCCGAUGGGAUCAAGGACGGCGACGACGUAUGAGUCGGUGGAAGGAGGAGAGAACAAGACAAAGCUGGAUAUAAGGUCAAAGGAAGAUGAAGGUGGAAUUAAAGUUGACAAGAUUCAAGACAAGGUUACUGAUGCUGCUGGUCUAGGCGGACCUGUCUUUGGUGCUGGUAAAGAUGACAAGAAGCAGGAUCUUGGUGUUACUGGCACUGGCUAA